GGUAAAUUAACCAAAAUAAAAUAUGUUAAAUGUAAAAUAAAAUAGAAAAGUAAAUAAAGUGGUUCGCCUCUAAAUAAUAAAGUGUAAGGUACUUUUCCCAACUUUGGCAAAUCAAUCCGAGAUCCAUGUUUUACAGGAGCUGAUGCUAUCAAAGAUGAUGGAAUCUAUUCCAGAUAUUAUAUAAAUAUGGUAAAUGGGAGAAGCCGCUUGAAAGUAAGAGUAAAGAAUCAAGAUGGACAAACCAGAUUUGCUGUCCUAUAUGUCCCUGGAUGUGUGUUAAAUGUGCCACUGCACCCUCCAAAGCCUCCUGUUUUUGAAGAACCACUUGAGGUUGUAAACUUCACCAGAACAUCCACCGGAGAUAGUUUUGAGGUAACUCUUUCAGGCACAGCUCCACAAAAUUUCCCUCCUAACAGAAUCACAGAUCUGAGUGCUGAGAUCCAGGAGGACACUGUGUUUCUCAGCUGGACAGCUGCUGGUGAAGACCUCGACCAAGGGACAGCUAAAUCCUAUGAGAUCAGGUGGAGCUUUGGUCUUAAAAUGCUUCGAUUCAACUUCAGCAAUGGUUAUUCAGUCAACACAACUGCUGUCACACUUCAGAAGGCUGGAUCAGUUGAACAGCAUUCAUUCAAUCUCAAUAUCACAAUCCAAAAUGGCACCACACUCUUCUUUGCAGUUCAGAUGAAGGACAAACAAAAUGCGAAAUCUGAAACCUCCAACAUUGCUCAAGCUUCAAAGAUCCUCCCUGCUCCGAUAUCUUCAGAAAUGUCAAACUUGACAGUUCUUGUCAUUUCUCUUUGUGUGGUAUUAAUGCUCAUGUGCUUUAUUUUUGCUGUAGUCAUACGUGCAGUUAAAUGCAGAAAACACUCUCCUCAGAGUGAUAUGGCAUUAAUAAUCACAGAUUAAUAUCAAAUCAAUUAUCAUGUCUUAAAACAAUAAAAUCUAAUCAAACAUAAUUUCUUAGUUUCUGAAUAUUUCUGCAGCAUGUGUAAUCUUGCACAGAUUAUUAAGAAGGAUUUCUGUUUUGUCUGUCACGUACAAUUGUCCUCUGUAAUACAAAACAAAUCCUGAACUCUCUGUGCCUCAAUUAUUGAUUCUGCUUUCACGCACCCCUGGUGGAAGACGACCAGUUUCUAAUUAGUAAACAGUAACAUUUGUUGAGUUUGCUGAGUUCUGCUCCUGUGUGUGGCUGAAUAACAUUACAUUGUGACCAUGUUACCUGUGAUAUCUAGUGUUGAUUCUCAUAGUUUCAUUUUCUUUCUUUUUUUCUUUUUCAAAAUAAAUAAAAUACUAUUUAGUAAAUGUCCCAGAAAUGUCUCCUUUUUACAGUAUUUUCAAAACUCUUCUAAAAUACACUCCAGUAAGCCACUGCGGUCA